UGCUGUCAGUAGAAAGUUUUUAGGAGAACUUUUUAAAUUUGAAAAUUAUUUUCAGUUCUAAAUUUUUGUGUACUGCAUAUACUUCUAGGCAUUCUGGGAAUCCCUGAGGGUCAGAAUAUUGUCUCGUAUUUUCAAGAAUUGGUGGAAAAUGGUGCAAUUGAGUGCUUCAGAAGAGAUAAGCUGUGUCUCAUGCAACACAUAAAUACAUCCAAUCAUGUGGAGGAAAAGUAUCAGGAUUUGCUUCUUGCUGUGAAAUUAGAGGAGUGUCUCAUUUUGUAUCAGAUGGGGGAUUUUGAAGGAUGCAAGCAUGCAGGUGAAGAAGUCUGUAUUCAGGCAAACAGGAACCACUCAACAAACUAUAACGCACUUGUUGGAAGAGCAAAAAGUGUUGUCUCUGGGGCCUUCAGGAUGGAGGAAGACUUUGAGAAGGCUGAAGAACUAUUGGAUUCCUCUACUGAGCUGUUACAGGCAGUUGUUCCCAAUGAAGAGACUUCAAUCAACCACACCAGGGUUGCUGCUCUGUUGUGCGAGAAGGCAGCUGUCAGGGGAAUCACCAAAUCAGAAAGAAAGAAGUUGAAGAAAGCCUUGAAGGAUGUGAUACUGCGCCCCAGACAUCGAUUUGAAAGGAAUCAAAGCAGGAAUGCGAGGAGUCGCAGAAGAGCUCUUAUCAGGGCAAUACUCUUCUACCUUUGCUCAAGAAAAGGCAAAGCCACCAACCUUCAGACGGAUGUGUCCCAAAAGGAUUUAGCAAGAGCGGAGGAAUUUGCUCAAAAGUUCAAGAGAGAUUACCUUACCAAUUGUCCUAUGAGAGAUAGGGCAGGGUUUUAUAGUGCUUAUGGUGAUCUGCUAACAAGAAAAGGACAAUAUGAAGAAGCCAUCCGUUCAGUGUCUGAGGCGUUGAAAAUAGCAGAAGAUCUUCAUCUGCGGAUAGAUGUAAACGGAGCACGUGACCGACUUCAGCAACUCGAUCGGCUGCGUAUGGUGCGAGAGGAGACAGGACGGAGGCGCCGUGACUUGGCCGACAGGAGAAUGGAGGAAUAUCACGGCUACCAAGAGCCAAGAUGUGAAGUUCUUCCAGGACUUCUUAUGGAACUUGAUAGGGCGAUGAAUUGAGAACCUAAUAGAAACGGGAAGUUGCAACACUUCACCAUCUCCCUUAUUCAAAAGCAUCACGAACUGUCAUUCACUGUUUAAAGCGGGUUCCUGUCAACAUUCUUAUGAAAACAAAUCUACAGUAGGGUGUCCUGUUUUUGCACCACGCUAAUUUUAUAGCUUAGGUUAACUUGAAUUCAACGUAUAAACGGAGUUUCUCUAAAAUAUAGGGGAAGUGUCGGCCAAUCGUAUUUUUCUCUGUAGCUUUAGAGCGUAGGCAUAUAGAGCUAUAAGUUGUCGUUGAAAACUUUUUUCCUUUGUCAUUAAAAGAUAGCGUGGGGGAGAGGAAAGUUAUUUAGUCGCUGCCUGAUCAGCUCGAUUAGUAGAAUGCGAAAAGACUGGGACGGAUUUCGGCCCGUGAGCUGCCUUAUGGAUGAGGCUGUUAUUCUCUGAUAAGGUUCUUCAAGAUAAACAGUAACUUGUAUAUUCGCAACUACAGUCACUGAGAACAUUGAAGAAGUCAGUGCUAAGGACUGGUCUUGUUUCGCCGGUUCGUACCUCACAUACGGUAGACCUCAGCGCACCUUCCCCACCCCCAGGAAAAUCAUUGACUACUGUACCGUAAUGAUUACAAAGUGACACGUAAUUCAGAUGGCAGUAUAGCAUAAAUCUUUUGUUAUCUCACAUUUUAUUAGAGGUAACAUUUUUUUACUUUACUGUUAGACUUAACUAUUACUUAAGUUGGUUGCAUUUUUUUUCGUGUCUAUAGAGAAUCUUGAACGUUCAUCCAUGUUUACAUUAUUACUUUGCUUUAAAAGUAUGUCAGAGAGAUUCAUGAAGAGGUGAAUACUUCUGUUGUAAGAAGAUUGUCUGGUUUUCAUGUACGGAAAUAAGUGUGUGAUUAAAA